CAAGUACACAAAAGCUCCCAACAUACAUACACACACAAAAGAAAGAGGCUAGCUAGCUAGGGCAAUGGCUAACAAGAGAAUGAGGGUACUCCAAAAACUCUCAAUGGCAAUCCUUCUUCUGAUAAUCCUUCUCCUUUCGCCGUCGGUUCGAGGGCAAGAUACCUCGGGAUGCGAGGCGGCCGCCACCGGAGGAUGUUAUGACAAGGAAAAAUCCUUAAAACUCAAAAUCAUAGGUAUAUUUACCAUACUAGUUGCUAGCAUGAUAGGAAUAGGUUUACCCUUAUUUUCAACUGCUUUUCCUGCCCUACACCCUGAUAGAAACGCAGCAGUUAUAGUAAAAAUUUUAGCUGCAGGGGUAAUUUUGUCAACUGGUUUCAUGCACGUACUCCCUGAUUCAUGGGAUAUGUUAACAUCUCCAUGUUUACCUGAAAACCCUUGGAGAAUUUUUCCUUGGUCUACUUUUAUAGCUAUGGUUACAUGUGUCUUGACCAUGAUGAUGGACACCAUUGCCACCGCUUACUAUAAACAGAAAGGGUUGAAGAGAAUGCACAACCAUUGCGGUGGUGGUCAUGGUGGUCUUGGCGGCGGCGGCGGCGACGGUGGUGUUGGAGCAAUACAUCAUUUAGAGAGUCCUAGAGAAGGUGACAUGGAAAUGGUAGACCAAAGUCAUCAUAAAAGUGAUAAAGAACAAGGUGUAGUAGUUUCACAACAAAAGGAGUCUCAACUCUUGAGGUAUCGUAUUGUGGCUCAGGUAUUGGAGAUGGGAAUUGUAGUGCACUCAGUGGUGAUAGGACUGUCGAUGGGUGUUUCAAACAAUCCAUGCACCCUAAGACCACUUAUAGCUGCUAUGUGCUUCCAUCAGCUUUUUGAGGGCAUGGGUCUUGGUGGCUGCAUCUUACAGGCCGAAUACGGGUUGAAGAUGAAAUCAAUAAUGAUAGCCUUCUUUUCAGCAACAACACCAUUUGGCAUAGCACUUGGGCUGGCUAUGCUAAAUGUGUAUAAUGAGAAUAGUCCAUCUGCUCUAAUUGUGGUGGGAGUACUCAAUGCUACUUCAUCUGGUUUACUAAUUUACAUGGCUUUGGUUGAUCUAUUAGCAUGUGAUUUUAUGGGACCUAAGCUUCAAGCAAAUAUCAAGCUACAAUUGGUUUGCUAUCUUGCUGCCUUCCUAGGCAUGGGUGUCAUGUCCCUUAUGGCAAAAUGGGCAUAAGACAUAUAUACUACAUAUUUUCUUCUUGGAAAAAGUAGAAAAAAGGUCUUUUUCUUUUCUUUGGGAGUACAAGCUAAUAAAUUGAGGGUGGUCUAUUUUCCCUAUGUAAAGUUAUUAUUAUAACUUAUUUUAGUAAUUUUUUUUAAAAAAAAAAGAUUGAGCAUAUGUGUCAAGUCUCACUAAUUUGAUCAGAAAAGUUUAGAGUGUUUUUUUUUCUGGGUAUUCGAGCUUGUAUUCCAUAGUUUAUUAGCAAAAACAUGUGUGAUGUAAAGAGAUUGACAAAUUAUGGUCCUCAAUUAUACCGACUUGUAGGUAAUAUAUGAAAAUUGAGAUGUUUCACCUCGUCGCUUUCUCAUAUACUACUAGAUCAUACUCUAUGUACUAUUAUAUUUUAAAUUAAUCUUAAGUUGAAUUCAAUGAAAUUGAUGGAA